AUGGCAAAGCCUGUGGGAACAUAUGCAGCCUUAGCGGUGGCUCUGGUGUUGUUCGUCUUCGCCCUCCCUCUGCGAGCGCAAUCGCCACCAGCGGCGCUGGUUCCGGCCAUCAUAUCCUUCGGGGACUCCUCCACCGACGUGGGGAACAACAACUACAUCCCGGCGGCCGCUUUCAAAGCCGACUUCCCGCCCUACGGGAGGAACUUCACCACGCACAAACCCACAGGGAGGUUCUGCGACGGGAAACUGGUCACCGACUUCACAGGCGAGUGCCGCAUAAGCUACCAAUCUUUCAGACCAUCCCUAGCCUGUAAGCUCCUGCGCCGCCUCUGAGAGACGGGUGGGUUUCUUCGUUUGCAGCCGAGGCUCUGGGGUUCGCCAGCUUCCCUCCGGCUUAUCUCAGCCCGCAGGCGUCCGGGAAGAGGCUGUUGCAGGGCGCUAGCUUCGCCUCUGCAGGUUCGGGGUACUACGAAGGGACUGCAGCCAUCUACGUAAGUUUCUGCUGCUUAUGCUGGCCGAGCUUUUGUUCUAAGCCUGAGCUUCUGCCACUGCUUCUCCGUCCUACGCAGCAUGCGCUGUCGCUCGCGAAGCAGAUGGAGUACUACAAGGAGUAUCGGAUCGAGCUGGCCAAGGUGACGGGGAAGAGGAAGGCGGCGGGUAUCCUGUCGGGAGCCGUGCACCUGAUGAGCUUCGGUAAUGGGGACUUCUUCCAGAACUACUACAUCAACUCGUCACUCCGGAGGCUGUACACACAAGACGAGUUCUCGCAGCUUCUCAUCCGAAGAUUUGCCAGUUUCGUGAAGGUGGGUUGGGUUCUCUACUAUAGGAUACACCGACUCCAAUGGGUCGACGUCUCUCUCUCGACUAGUGUCUGUUUGUUACGUAGAAAGCUUGGGUAUGUGAAAAUGUUAAGAAACGACGUCUGUCGCAGGAUCUCCACGGCCUAGGAGCACGCAGGAUCGGGGCGACGUCGCUCCCGCCGGUGGGGUGUCUCCCAGCUCCAAUCAAUCUCUUUGGUCAUGGCAGGUGCAUCUCCCGCUUAAACGCGGAAGCCCAGAACUUCAACAGGAAGCUCAACGCCACGGCGAGUCAGCUCUCCAGCAAGCUUCCGGGCCUCAACCUCGUGGUGUUAGACAUAUUCACGCCCCUAAUGGAGCUGAUCACCUCCCCUUCCGAACACGGUGAGCACUCCUCCACCCGCCACUGUAACUCUCUCAAUUUCUCAACGGAGGAUGAUGCCGCGUUGCUGCCUCCGGCGACUGGGUCAGGUUUUGCCGAGGUGAGGAAAGGGUGCUGCGGAACGGGCACUUCCCGGACGACGGUGCUGUGCAAGCCGCGGCGGGAGGGAGUUUGCGCCAACCCAGAGCAGUACGUCUUCUGGGAUGGGGUGCAUCCAACUCAGGCGGCGAACCAGUACAUUGCCCAUUCCCUCAUUGACCAAGGGAUCGCCCUCAUAGCUUGA